AAUCUGCAGGGCCUGACAGGCACCCCUCUGGUGGCAGGCAGUCCUGUCCGUCAUGACAACAGUGUGCAGGGGAACCCUGUGGAGGUCCAGACCUUCCAGCCUCCGUGGAAAACCCUCAGCGACUUCRCCCUGCAGACCGACCUGGACCAGCCUGCCUUCCAGCAACUGGUGUCUUUCUCAGAGUCGGGCUCCCUGGGAAACUCCUCGGGCAGCGAUGUGACCUCCCUGUCGUCUCAGUUACCGGACACGCCGAACAGCAUGGUACAGAGUCCUGUGGACACGUGAGGAGCCAGCGGGGUCAGCUGGAGGCCCAUGCACCUUCCCAGGACUUCUCACCCCCACCUAUCAUCAUCGUCCGCACCAAGAGACAUUCACUGACAUAAAAAGGAUGGAUAAUGCUGCAGGACACAUUCAGGUCCAGACUGGAGGAUUUUAGUGUGUCUGAUGUGGGGGUGGCAGCUUUUGACUGUAUCUAACAGUCCUGGAUGCACACGGACUCCUUGCUGCCAACACCUGACCCUGGACAUGUUGGGAAUAUGGGACGAGACUCGCGCACAUGGGGGCCUGCAUGUGCAGAAGGUCAAAGGUCGCCGUGUUUGUAAGGAAACUCCAACCUGUGUAGACGUGCAUGACCGACUCCUGUAAGUUAUUGGAUCAGAGGGGGGAGAUGCGCUCUGCUGCAGUUUUCUCCAGAACAUAAGUUAUUAUUGACAUUAUUUMUUACAAGGGCAGACAUAGCUGAACUUAUCAAUAAAAAACAAUUGCUUGUUGCAUGCA